UGAAUUCAAAAUCCCGCCGAAGGUUAAAAACAAGCGAAUGAAAAAGCUUUUUCCUUUUUCCUUCAAAUUCCAACGCUGAAAAGACAUUCUGGCACUUUCCGGGGAAAAAAAGCUCUGGAGUUUCACGCCUUGUGGUUUUCGAAACGCCGAUGGCAGUGAAAAUCUGAACCCACGCGUCAAUUGCUAGGGUUUUUCGUUUACUGCUCAGAUUGAUAAGCUAGAGUUUUGGAUUACUGAAACAUGAAUUUGGGCGAUCUCAACAAGGUAUGGGAAGUGAAGCCCCUGAAAAAGGCUGGAGAAGAUGAAGCGAGGAAGAUUCUGGAGAGGGUAGCCAAACAUGUCCAACCCAUUAUGCGGAAACACAAAUGGAGAGUCAAGCUUCUCUCUGAAUUCUGCCCAAACAAUCCGGCUCUUCUAGGGUUGAAUGUGGGGGGUGGCAUUCAUGUGAAGUUGAGACUUCGGAGGCCCAACAGAGAUUGGGAUUUCUUCCCAUUUGAUCAAAUUCUUGAUACCAUGCUUCAUGAGCUUUGCCACAAUGUCCAUGGUCCUCAUAAUGCAGAUUUCUACAAGCUUUGGGAUGAAAUCAGAAAGGAGUGUGAGGAGCUGAUGGCAAAGGGCAUAACUGGAACAGGGGAGGGGUUUGAUCUUCCUGGGAGGCGUUUGGGUGGUUUCUCUCGUCAACCUCCUGUUUCAUCUCUACGCCAAACUGCACUUGCUGCUGCAGAAAAGAGAGCCCGUCUAGGAUCUCUAGUGCCAUCUGGUCCUAAACGCCUUGGAGGUGAUAGCAGUAUCAUGGAUGCACUUAGUCCAAUACAAGCUGCUGCAAUGGCUGCAGAAAGGAGAUUACAGGAUGAUAUCUGGUGUGGCUCCCAGAGUUGUGAAGCUUCAGAGGGUGGUGAAAGUAGCUCAGAUCUCUCUGACAAGCAUGUACAUAGGGAGCAAAGUGCUGGAAUGUCAAGUCAUGGUAGUGGUAGAGGUGCACUUGAUUUGGAUGUGACAUCUCGAAAAAGAAGUCAUGAAACUGGAUCAAGUUUUGUGGAUCUAUCCAAGUGUGCUUCAGCCUCUGGGUCUGUGCUUGGACAUGAUGCAACUCACAAUACUGAGAAAUCGAUUAUGUGGGAGUGUGGAAUUUGCACUUUGUUGAAUCCACCAUUAGCUCCUAUAUGCAAGGUUUGCAGCACUGAGAAGCCAAGAGAUGUUGGUAUCAAGUACAAAGUCUGGUCAUGUAAAUUCUGUACUCUGGAAAACAACGUAGAGUUAGACAAAUGUGGUGCAUGCGGACAGUGGAGAUAUUCUCAUGGCCCACCAGUGUCAACUCGUGCACCCAAUCUUGGCACUUGAGAGGUACCCCUCAAAAUGGUCCAUAAACUCUCUGCACAUAUAUAUGGCUACUAUGAUCCUGUCAUUUUUUGGAGAUAUUUACCUCUAUAAUUUGGUUAGAAUGGUUCUCAUAUCAUGUUUUGGAUUUAAAUAUGAACAAAGAAGUAUAGUUGUUGCUUGAGGAGAAAAGCAAAGUUCUACUGUGAAGUACCUAUUCCUUAUUCUGCCUUUAAUACCCCACAACCGUUCCCCAUCCUGUCUACCAUAAUUAUAAUUGAUAUGUACCUAACCAUUAUGUGGGCUUGAUGGCUUACAUUUAAGAUCCAACUGUGGGGUUGAGGUUGGCCACUAGGAAGAGAGAGCCAAAACUGCUCAGAAGCUAGACCAUAUGCUAUUUUUAUACCUAUAUAAUCACAUACAGGGAGCAGAUAGCAUGUGUUCCUCAAGUAAAGGAAUGCAGCAAAGCCACUGACCAUGCCAAAGAAGCCAUUGAUGAGGUACGUGCUCCGCAAUUAUGAAUAAGGCUUUGAUUCAAUAUCAUGUGAGCAAUAACAAUCUUCAUACCCUUGUAUAUAUGGUUUGGUGGAUAUCAGGAUUCAUGAGCAGGUGCACACAUUUGGGCUACUCAGAAAUUUUGGGCUUUUGGCUGGGGCCACAAAUUGAAAGAGGCCAGUAGAAUGGGCCUGGUCUGGGCCCAGCACCUGAUAUUUUGGUGAGAGAGGUUGAACCACCACAGAAAGGGACAGUGAUAAUAACCAGAGCUCAUGUGAAGAAGCUGGAUAAAGAAUGAACCUUUUGAUCAACCCUCCUGAACUUCAGUUACUUUUAACAUUUUCCCGAUUGGGAUCAUAGAAAAUAUAUACAGAAA